AUGCCUGCCAACAGGUUACAGCUUCCUAAAAUGAGACACUGGGCGCUUCUGCCAUUCCUGGUCCCCCUCAUCUUCCUGUGGAGCAUCCAGAAACCUGAGCUGACAGAGGGGUUAUUUUUCAAAAUAUGUCCAAAAUAUAAAAUAAAGUGUGACUUUGAAGAAAGAAGCCAGUGUUCACGACACAAACAGUGCCCAGAAGAGCAAAGGUGCUGCCUGUUCGCCUGUGGGAAGAAAUGCUUGGACCUCAACGAAGACAUAUGCAGUCUGCCACAGGAUGCUGGCCCCUGCUUGGCCUACUUUCCACGCUGGUGGUAUAACGAAAAGACUGACCUCUGUACCCAAUUCAUCUAUGGUGGUUGCCAAGGGAACACCAACAACUUCCUAUCUAAAGAUAUCUGUACAUCCAUUUGCACAAAGAAACACAGUGUUCAUAUCUGCUCACAGUUCUCCGCAUGCAAAAUCGCAGUUGUGCGCCAGGAUAACAGUGUCUAUUGUAAGCUGCUAAAGAACGAGCAAAGGAAGAACCAGCAUCCCUAAACCUGAGAGGCUCAUUUGAAAAGUAUUUAGCACUGUGUUAGAAAGUAUUUCAAAUAAGAACACAAUUCACAAUCAACUUUUUUUUUUCUGGGCUUUUGAACUUUAUUGAAAAAUGCAAGCAGGAAGGGAAUCAAACAUUUAUAACAUAUGUUGAUUAUUUACCUGACCAAAGUGCAAGAUUUCUUUUAAAAUCCUUUAAAAUAAGUAACUAUGGA